UAAGUAUUGUAUACUCGUACAUAAGUAUGCAACUAAUCGUAACUUUUAGUUGGAUACAUUUUCGGUUAUUGUAGUGACAUUAUCCGAAUAAAACUGGUUUAUAAUUAACUGGUAAAGUGCUUUUAUCAUGUAGGUUAGUACUAUAGACGCCGCCUUAAAAUAGAAAGAAGUAGAUAUAUCAUAUUGAGAUCAAAAGAGCAAGGCCGUGAAAGUCAGGCGGGAGUCACACUGCAAACCCUAGGGGUAUUCCGAAUUACUAAUCAAGUUUGGGUGUAUCAUAGGUGCACAUUAUUGCACAAUAUCUUGGACAUGUAGAUUGUUUCUCGUUAUUAAGACAUGGCUUUAAAGUAUAUUAUAUUGGCCGCCUUUGUGGCUGUGGCUAACGCUGGCGCAAUUGGAUAUGGUCUAUCUGCAUAUGCUGGUGCUCCUGCAGUAACAUACGCAGCAUCUCCAGUUCACCACGCUCACGUCCCAGCUCACUACGCUCACGCUCCAGUGCACUAUGCUCACGAUCCCGCCGUCGCUUAUUCUCAUGCUCCCGCUGUCGGUAUUGCUAAAGUAGCCGCUCCCGUUGCAUACGCAGCUCCAAUUGCAAAAGCUGUCGUUGCCGAAGAGUACGAUGCCAAUCCUCAAUACUCGUACGCUUACGAUAUUCAAGAUGCUGUAACUGGUGAUAGCAAAAACCAACACGAAACACGCAACGGAGAUGUUGUCAGCGGAAGCUACUCAGUUGUCGAUCCCGAUGGUGUCAAAAGAACUGUUGAAUACACAGCUGAUCCCCACAAUGGAUUCAAUGCUGUCGUCCAUAGAGAACCACUUGGUGUUGCCGUUAAAGGUGUAGCACCUGUAGCUAAAUAUGCAGCAGCUCCAGUGGCUUAUGCUGCACCCGUAGCUAAAUAUUAUCAUUAAAUUUA